UGAAGAGUGAGAGUGGUGACACUAGAAACCAAAUAUUCCCUCUGCUUCUUCAUCUCCCACAUUUUCAAAAUCACACACAGAUCCUCCCCUCCCUACAGUCUUCUUCACAAGAAAAAAAAAUGGCAGCUAGAUACAACUCUUACGAUUCAAGAUCAUCCUUAUCCUCCUCCCUCCAAUCAGAUCCAUCUUCCUCCUCCGAAUUCAAAUCCAACAAGGCCAUCGUCAGAUCCAAAUCUUCCUACUUAACCAAAACAUCUAAACCAGACACUAAUCCUGGUAACCUCACUUCUAUGAUGAAGAAGCUCAUGGAGAUGAAGAAGAAAUCUAACCCCAAGUCCAAAAGGGCCGAGCUUUUGAUUCCCCAUGAACUCAAGAAGCUUGACAACACUGUUCGAGUAGGAGGAGGGAAGGGUAGUACGUUGGGAGCUUUGCAGAGGAAGCUGUUCGGGAAGGAGAAGGAAAAGGUGAAGGCUUUGAGUGAGGUUAAAGUGAACACGAGGACUCUCUCUAUGGUUUUGAGAAGCGAGAGGGAGCUUCUGAGUAUGAAUAAGGAUCAGGAGAUUGAGAUCUCUGAGCUUAAGUUUCAGCUUCAAGAGAAGAACAGAGAAGUGGAGAAGUUGAAGGAUUUGUGUUUGAAGCAAAGGGAGGAGAUAAAGUCGCUGAAGAGCGCGCUUCUGUUUCCAGAUGGGAUGAACAGUGAAAUGCAGGAGCUUAAUGAGGCGAGGCAGAUCAUCCCUAACCUUCAAAAGCAGGUUCUUUCACUUAAUGGCCAGCUCCAAUGCAUUGCUCAAGACCUUGCCGAGGUGAAGGCGAACAAGUACAUGUCAGAAAGCUGUUACUGGCAAGCACAGACGUCUUCCUAUGAUUCACUGGAAUUCAGUUCAGGCAGCCCUGAUAGAUUAGCUCUGGAAGAUCUGAAUCCAUGCUUAACUCCUUAUGCCAAGACAAAACCCAAGGAGUAUGAGAGGGUUGAUUCAGCAGAAGAGAGCUUAUCAGGGAGAAGUACUGUAACAACUACAGGAGGUAAAGGCAAAUCGAGUUCUAAAAGUGUGAAGAUGUCAAGGAGCUCAGAGGGAAAGGCAGGACGGAGAUCAGAAGAGAGCAAAGGAUGGCAUAGAGGUGGGAGAAUGUUUUAAGGUAAAACAAAAAUGGUUCAAAAUUAAUGUAAGGUUGCACACCUUCUUCCACUUUGGUAUAUGUUAUGUCUCUUGCUCUCAUUCUCAGAGGGUAUUUUGGUUUUGGUUGAAUCAUGUGGAGACAUGAUCCAAGAUUGAGUUGAACAAGUUAAAGUAAAAAGUGUUCUGUAAAAUAGAAGACAUUUUAAAAUAAGAUAAGG